AUGGGUCCACACUACAAGAAAAAAGUUCAUCGAGUCAGAGCGUGUCUCUCUCAGAUUGUGCCCUUAUCCUUCAGAGCGAGCGAGCGAGUGUUCUUUUCAGCGAAUUCAGAGUUCAAAUCGUGCUCUGCGUGUUGCUCUCUCUCUCUCUCUCUCUCUCUCUCUCUCUCUCAUCUGGAAACUUCUCAGCUGGGUUCGAAUGUGUUUUCGACUUUGAUUCAGCUCAAGACGUCUAAGGCCUUCAUUCAGAACUUGGCAUUGUUUCUCACUUCAUUCUACAAGUCACAUAUUCGCGUGCUUGAAACCACACAACAGAAUAUAGCCACAUUGCUGAUGGGUCUUGAAUAUCUAAUAAACAUCUCAUAUGUGGAUGGCACUAGAGUUUUUAAAGUAUAAUUAAUUAUGAUGUGCUCUCUAGCACCCACCUGAAUGCCUUAUUUAGCUCUUUCUCUCUCUCUUCCCAUUUGAAUAAUGAAGUGAUAAUUUGACUUGGAAUUG